CAGAACAUAGGUAUGAGUUGGCCUGCCUGAAAUUCUUGACGAGUGAUUGCGCUGUAGGUUCAGUGCCGGUUUACUUUUUUUUAACGGUUGUUAUUUUAUUGCUUUAAUCAGCUAAUUGGAGAUUUUAUAGGAUUUUUGAUUUUAAUUACACAUGGCGGAAGCUCAUCAGGCUGUUGCCUUUUCUUUUGCCAUCACCCAUGAAGGUUGGGACGUUAAUUUCGAUAGAGAGGUUCUUGAUUUAGUUUGGCAAUCCGGUAUCAGAUCAUGGAAGAAGCGAUUAGCCAGAUUACAGAAUAAUAUUCACAAUGGAGUUUACCCAGGGCAUUGGGCAAGCUUAUGGGUCCUUACAUCUGUAGUGUCAGCCCUUCAUUUUUCUGAAUAUCCGGUACCAUUAAACCUCCCCAACAAAUUUUUAGUAUUCCUUCCUGGAUCAGGUAUCAUUUGUCAAUUCAUAGCCUGCUUUCUAUCAUCCCUCUCAAUAUGGCUAACUGUAAUCUACAUUCUUCGCUAUAUACUGAGACUGUUGCUGAUGUACAAGGGCUGGAUAUACGAGUCCAGAGCAAAGGGUAGCGAUAUAUCGAAACCAACUAAAAUAUGGCUUAGUCUCAUUAAGAUAUUUAGCGCUUGGAAUUCGCCUAGUCUUUACAGCUACCAGGGUUCCUUGCCAAGGCUACCUUUGCCCAAAGUUGAAGAUACCAUGACCAGAUUUCUGAGAAGCGUGCGCCCUCUUCUGGACGACCAAAACUACAUGCGCAUGGAAAAAUUAGCUGAUGAAUUCCAAAAAGGUAUCGGCAAAAAAUUGCAGCGCUACCUCGUGUUAAAAUCUUGGUGGUCUAGCAACUACGUCUCUGAUUGGUGGGAGGAGUACGUCUAUCUUCGCGGACGAUCUCCACUGAUGAUCAACUCAAAUUUCUAUGGAAUCGACGCAAUUUUGGAACACAAAACCAAAAUACAAGCGGCAAGAGCAGCGUCCGCUAUUUACUCAUUUUUAACGUUUAGACGCUUGGUAGAAAGACAAGAAUUGGAACCUAUUAUGAUGCAAGGAUUGGUACCCCUGUGUUCCUGGCAGUAUGAAAGAAUUUUUAAUACUACAAGGAUACCAGGGAUCGAAACUGACAAGAUCAUGCAUUGGGCGGAUUCAAAUCACAUUGUUGUUUAUCACAGGGGUAGAUACUUUAAAGUUAUAAUCUAUAAGGGAAGAAUUUUAAAACCAUGUGAAAUACAAAUACAAAUCCAGCAAAUCCUGGAUGACAACUCGGAACCAUUAGUUGGCGAGGAAAAAUUGGCAGUAUUGACGGCCGGCGAAAGGACCCAUUGGGCAAACGCCAGAAGACAACACUUCAAUAGAGGUGUAAACAAAGUUUCUUUGGACUGUAUUGAAAAAGCGGCCUUUGUUGUUACUUUGGAUGAUAUUCCAUAUGAAUUUGACAUAAAACAUCCAGAAAAGUUGGACUAUUUUGGAAAGAAUUUAUUACAUGGAAAAGGCUAUGACAGAUGGUUUGACAAAUCUUUUACACUUUGCAUUGGAAGUAAUGGCAGGGUUGGAUUUAAUGCUGAACACUCUUGGGCAGAUGCUGCAGUAAUGUCCCAUGUUUGGGAAUACGUGAUCACGGCGCCAUCACACGAGCAGCGAUAUGAUGAAACAGGCAACACCAUUGGUACGCCAGAAAUUAUACCUCCCAAUCCAAUUCGUCUUAAAUGGGACAUUCAAGAGGAUUGCCAAACUGCCAUUGAACAAGCCCUGGUUUUAGCUAACGACUUAAUUAACGAUGUCGACCUUAGAAUUUACGUUCACGACAAUUAUGGCAAGGGAUUUAUGAAAAAAUGCAAAGUUAGUCCGGACGCUUACCUGCAGAUGGCUCUACAGCUGGCCUACUACAGGGACUCUGGCAAAUUCAACUUGACAUACGAGGCUAGCAUGACUAGAUUGUACCGUGAAGGACGUACCGAGACCGUCCGACCAUGCUCGAUCGAAUCGACCGCUUGGGUUAAAGCCAUGGUCGGAGAUACCUCCACUACCGAGGAGAAAGUCAACUUGUUGAAGACUGCCUGUCAAAGACAUCAACUGGCUUAUCAAGAUGCCAUGUGCGGAAAAGGUUUGGAUAGACACUUGUUCUGCCUAUAUGUGGUAUCUAAAUACCUGGAGGUUGACUCGCCUUUUCUAAAGGAGGUUCUAAGCGAACCAUGGAGACUAUCGACAUCGCAAACACCGCACGGACAAACUUCCAGAACCGAUCUCAAAAAGUAUCCCAACUGUAUAUCGGCCGGAGGUGGUUUUGGGCCUGUAGCCGAUGAUGGAUAUGGAGUUUCCUAUAUUAUUGCUGGAGAAGAUUUGUUGUUCUUCCAUAUUUCCAAUAAAAAGAGCAGUAAAUUAACCGACUGUCAUCGUUUUGCCAAGCAAAUAGAACAAGCCCUGGCUGACAUGAAGCAGUUGCAUUUGGAUUAUGUAGCAAAACAAUAAUUUUUUAUUUUUAAAUUAUUUAAUAUUUCAUGUUAAAACCGCAUCAAUAUUGUUAAUUUACAUAUUAAAAUUUGUUUGUUAAUACUUGUUGCUCAAGUGGCUAAGAUAGAUAAUGAUUUUUUAAUAGGUAAUCGUUUUAAUGUUAAAGCAAUUUGGCCAUUGUCUUUAUAUUCUAAUAGUAUUUUAAGCUUUAUUUUAAAUUUAGUAACUAAACAGUAUUUUGACUUGUUUUUAAAUCAUCAAUUAAUC